AUGAAUCCAGCGCACGAGCCUCUUGCAGGCCGGGUGGCCAUCGUGACGGGAGGCUCCGGGGGCAUCGGCUCCGCGGUGGCCACGCACCUGGCGUCGCUCGGCGCCCGCGUCGUCGUCGGCUACAUCGGCGAGUCGGCCCCCGCGGACCAGCUCGUGGCGUCUCUCAACUCCUCGUCCGCCCCCGCCCCCGCGGACAACGACUCCAGGCCGCCGCCGCGCGCCGUGGCGGUGGCCGUGGACGUGUCGGACCCGGCGCAGGUGGCGCAGCUGUUCGACGCGGCGGAGGCGGCCUUCGGCCCGGACCUGCACGUGCUGGUUGCCGCGGCGGGGGUGCAGGACGCGUCGUACCCGCGGAUCGCCGACACGUCGCCCGAGCAGUGGGACCGCGCGUUCGGCGUGAACGCGCGGGGCACGUUCCUGUGCUGCCGGGAGGCGGCGCGGCGGCUGGCGCGCGGCGGCGCGGGCCGCAUCGUCACCUUCUCGUCCUCCAACGUGGCGUCGCUGAGGCCAGGGUACGGCGCGUACGUGGCGACCAAGGCGGCCGUGGAGGCCAUGACCAAGGUGCUGGCCAAGGAGCUCGGCGGGACGGGGAUCACGGCCAACGCCGUCGCGCCGGGGCCCGUCGCCACUCCCAUGUUCUACGCGGGCAAGUCGGAGGAGCGCGUGGCCGCCGCCGCCCGCGAGUGCCCCAUGGGGAGGGUCGCCGAGCCGGCGGACGUGGCGCCCGUGGUGGGAUUCCUUUGCACCGAUGCCGCCGGGUGGAUCAACGGGCAGGUCAUCCGAGUCAACGGCGGCUACGUGUAA